AUAUUCCUACUGCGCAGGGCGAAUCAUCUUCGUUACUGAAAGAGAGAGAGAGAGGGAGACAUAUUAUAUACUGUAGUCUACAGUAGCCAAAUUACACCCGGAAAGUCUCACCACCAAGGCCAUGGAGUCGAGUUGGAUCGCCGUGGUCUGUGUGCUCCUACUCGGUUUGAUGCAGAGCAGCCUCGGAGCGGAGCAGCGGGUCAUCCCUCCAGAGAAUCUCUUGGUAAUAACAGUAGCUACAGAGGACACUGAUGGCUUCACCCGCUUUAUGAGAACCAGCAAAGAGUUCAACUAUACUGUUAAGGUGCUGGGUCUGGGUGAACAGUGGAAGGGAGGAGACGUUGCUCGUACUGUAGGAGGAGGUCAGAAGGUUCGCUGGCUGAAGACAGAACUCCUCAAACACUCUGCCAAGAAGGACAUGGUCAUUAUGUUUGUGGACAGUUAUGAUGUAAUCCUAGCCAGUGGUCCAGAAGAGUUGCUGUGGAAGUUUUCCAGACUGGGUCAUCGGCUGGUGUUCUCUGCCGAGGGCUUCUGUUGGCCUGACCAGAAACUAGCCCCCAAAUACCCCCCUGUCCACACCGGGAAGAGAUACCUCAACUCUGGAGGGUUUAUAGGGUAUGCUCCAGAGCUCAGUGAGAUUGUUCAACAGUGGAAACAUAAAGACAACGAUGAUGACCAACUCUUCUACACUAAGAUCUACCUGGACAAAGUACAACGGACCAAGUACAACAUGACUCUGGACCAUCGCUCUAGAAUCUUCCAGAACCUCAACGGAGCCAUCGAGGAGGUGGUGCUGAAGUUUGAGAAGGCUCGUGUCCGUGCGAGGAACGUGGCCUAUGACACACUUCCUGUUAUUAUCCAUGGCAACGGACCCACCAAGCUCCAGUUGAACUACCUGGGUAACUAUGUCCCGACUGCCUGGACUCACGAGACCGGCUGUGGGAUCUGUGACGACGACCUGAUAUACCUCAACGACACGCCUGAUGAAGACAUGCCCCUGGUGUAUUUGUCUGUGUUCAUCGUUCAGCCGACUCCCUUCCUGGAAGAGUUUCUAGAGAGACUGACCACCCUCAACUACCCAACCAGACGCAUUAGACUGUUUAUACACAACAACGUGGUGUAUCAUGAGCAGAACAUUCAGCGCUUCUGGGAGAAGCAUCGUGUUCUGUUCCCUGACACCAGGCUGGUCGGACCGGAGGAGAACCUACAACAGGACCAGGCUAGAACCAUGGCUGUGGAGGCGUGUAAGAAGGACAGUCAGUGUGAUUACUACUUCAGUAUCGAUGCUGAUGUUGUCAUCGUCAACCCUGAUGUUCUCCGUAUCCUUAUAGAAGAGAACAAGUCAGUGAUAGCCCCCAUGUUGUCCAGACAUGGCAAACUGUGGUCUAAUUUCUGGGGAGCUCUGAGUCCUGAGGGGUUCUAUUCUCGAUCUGAAGACUACAUCGAUAUUGUACAGGGCAAGAGAGCUGGUCUAUGGAACGUUCCCUAUAUAACUCAGGUCUACAUGAUAAAGGGGUCAGUCUUGAGAGGUAGACUGUCUCAGGUCAGUCUGUACAGUCAGGAGGGGAUGGACCCGGAUAUGGUGUUCUGCAGGGCCGUACGAGACCAGGGAGUGUUUAUGUUUGUGUCUAAUCGUGAUGAGUUUGGUCGUCUGGUCUCCUCCUCCAACUACAACACCAGCAGACUUCAUCCGGACAUGUGGCAGAUCUUUGACAACCCUCUUGACUGGAAGGAGAAGUAUAUCCAUGAAAACUACUCUAAGAUCUUUGAAGACAACCAGACCAUCGUGGAGCAGCCGUGUCCUGAUGUGUACUGGUUCCCAUCGUUUACAGACAGGAUGUGUGAUGAUCUGGUGGAAACCAUGGAAGACUUUGGAGGAUGGAGUGGAGGAAGACACACGGAUGAGCGUCUUGCAGGGGGCUAUGAGAACGUCCCUACUGUAGAUAUUCAUAUGAACCAGAUUGGCUUUGAGAAGGAGUGGCUCAAGUUCCUAAAAGAAUACAUCAGCCCUGUUACUGAGAAACUCUACCCAGGCUACUUCCCCAAGGCCCAGGCGGUGAUGAACUUUGUAGUCCGGUAUCGUCCAGAUGAACAGCCGUCUCUGCGUCCGCAUCACGACUCCUCCACCUUCACCAUCAACGUAGCACUCAACAGCAAGGGAAUGGAUUACCAGGGUGGAGGGUGCCGGUUCCUUCGCUAUGACUGUAAUGUGGAAGCACCUCGUAAAGGAUGGUCUUUCAUGCACCCAGGCAGACUGACUCACUACCACGAGGGCCUGCCUACAACCAGCGGGACGAGAUACAUCAUGGUUUCCUUUGUUGACCCCUAAACCCUGACCUCUAACCCCUGAACACACCACCCAGGUGACUAGAUACAUUAUGGCAUCCUUCAUAGACCCAUAGACACUGGUGGCGUGUGUGCGUGUGCGUGCGUGUGUGUGUCAGUCAGUCAGUCACAUAGCAGAUGGGUCUUCUCGUUGCCGUAGUAACACAAACCACUGAGUUUCAUAGCAACCAGUUGAGCGACUUGAAUCAUGAUCAGAUCAGGCCAAUCAGCUGCAGAGAGGUCAGUCUGAUGAAACCUCACCAUGCUGCCUUUGAAAUGUACAUGUUAGUCAUUUAGUAGAUGUUCUUAUCCAGAGAGACUUAGUCAGGACAUUCAUCUUCAGAUAGCUAGGUGGACCAGUCAUAGUCAGGACAUUCAUCUUCAGAUAGCUCGGUGGACCAGUCAUAGUCAGGACAUUCAUCUUCAGAUAGCUAGGUGGACCAGUCAUAGUCAGGACAUUCAUCUUCAGAUAGCUCGGUGGACCAGUCAUAGUCAGGACAUUCAUCUUCAGAUAGCUAGGUGGACCAGUCAUAGUCAGGACAUUCAUCUUCAGAUAGCUAGGUGGACCAGUCAUAGUCAGGACAUUCAUCUUCAGAUAGCUCGGUGGACCAGUCAUAGUCAGGACAUUCAUCUUCAGAUAGCUAGGUGGACCAGUCAUAGUCAGGACAUUCAUCUUCAGAUAGCUAGGUGGACCAGUCAUAGUCAGUACAUUCAUCUCCAGAUAGCUAGGUGGACCAGUCAUAGUCAGGACAUUCAUCUUCAGAUAGCUAGGUGGACCAGUCAUAGUCAGGACAUUCAUCUUCAGAUAGCUAGGUGGACCAGUCAUAGUCAGGACAUUCAUCUUCAGAUAGCUAGGUGGGACAACCACAUAUCACACUCAUAGUCAGUGUAUUUCUUUCUCAAUAUGCUUCCUCAUUUUUAUUCGACCCCUGACCUCUGUAGCUAGCUGUGUGUGUUUGGUGUGUGUGUGUUAAUUUAAGUGUUUGAUGUAAGGACAGGCUGAUGUGAGUGUCAUGUUACAGCAUUGCUAUAGUAACCAGCCUCUCCCUGUGAGUGGAGAAAAGAUGAUUGACACUCUCCUGAGAGAGAACUGAACUUUCUGAUCAUCUAAGCUGUUCUACAUGAUAGAAACUCUAAUCAAUAGAUCUGAAAAACACUCCACAAGACGUAGUUCUAUAAUAUCAUGAGUAGAUCAGCACUGUCUGUUCUACAUGAUCUGUUUCUAUGUGCUGUCUGUUCUACAUGAUCUGUGUCUAUGCGGUUGUUUUGAAGGUAAUGUAUAGUUUUAUAUUUCAGAAACCAACACGACCUUGGUCUUCAGAGGUCUGUGAGAAACAUGUAUUUUAUCAUCAUGUUUUAAACUACUGCUUCAGACUGAGGCCCAAAUGUCGCAACUUAAAUCUGGUGUUUUUAUUGGUAUAUGUUGUUAUUGUUUUCUCGUGUUCUGGUCCCAUGUUAGCAAUCAGUGUGUCUGUCCAUCUGACAUGCUUCUAUCAAGCUUUGUACAAAAUGCCCUAAAUUAUUUGUUAUGAUUGAGAAAUAAAGUUUCACAUUUUAAUAAAUAAUUAGAUCUAUA